UAUAUAAACAUGGCUGGCGGAGCGGCGCCGGUGUUUGUGCGGAGCGCGUGUGGGGCGCUUGCGGACUUUGCCGGUCUGUAGGAAUUUUGAAUUUCUGGCGGGGAAGCUCAGAGUUAAAGCUCCCCGGGUGGGAACCGAAGUGACGCCCUGAGGGAGCUGCCGGUCCGGGCGCUUCUGCCGCGGGACCCGGACCGAGCGCGCACGUGUGAGCGCCGCUGAGGGAGUGCCCGGCGGUGUCGCCGCCAGCCGGGCCCGGAGCGCGUGUGCUCCGCGAUGCGGCGGCGCCCGGACUACACCCGAGUCGCCUGCCGCCCGCCGCGGCUCGCUGCGCCUCAGUUCCGGGAAGGGCAGCGUCGCUGCCGCUGAGCCUCCGAGGGCAUGCCGGCGGGCCUCACGGAGCCGGCCGGCGCCGCUGCUCCCGCAGUCUCAAGCGCCUCGGGGGCCGUGACCAUGGCUCCGGUCGCCGCGCUGCCCGUGCGGGUGGAGAGCAGCACCCCGGUGGCCCUGGGCCCCGUGACCAAGGCUCCUGUCAGUGUCUGCGUGGAGUCGGUGGCGCCCCAGCCCUUGCCAGCCCCAGUGGGGACUCUAGUGACCAAAGUGGUUCCUGUCACUGCCCUUCCUAAACUCGGCAGCCCUCGGCUGCCCGCUCCUCAGAUAGUCACCGUGAAAACUCCCGGCACCACGACAAUCCAACUACCGGCUAAUUUGCAGCUUCCUCCAGGAACAGUUUUGAUCAAAAGUAACAGUGGUCAGUUGAUGCUAGUAUCUCCUCAGCAAGCUGUAACAGGAGCCAAGACCACAAGUAACAUAACUCCAAGACCAGCAGUACCAGCAAACACUCAAACAGUCAAGAUCUGUACAGUGCCGAAUUCUAGCUCACAAUUAAUGAAAAAAGUAACAGUGGCACCUGUUAAAAAUUUGACACAAAUUGGAACUACUGUGGCAACCACUGCCUCCAGUACUUCCUCAGGACAACCUGUGGCUGUAUCAAGCAAUGUUGUCACUCCUGCAAAGCCGGUGAAUAAUGUAUCCAUCCUGAAGUCAUCAAGUUUGGGAGUAUUAUCUACUUCCUCAAAUGACUCAACUCUCAAAGCCGAGACUUCAGUAGCUGCUCAGACUAGUCUUCCUCCGACAGUGCUAGAAAAUGUGAAAAAAUGUAAAAACUUCCUUUCAAUGUUAAUAAAACUAGCAUGUAGUGGAUCACAGUCUCCAGAAAUGGGGCGGAAUGUGAAGAAGCUGGUGGAACAACUUUUGGAUGCAGAAAUUGAAGCAGAAGAGUUUACUAGGAAACUAUACAUUGAACUCAAGUCUGCACCUCAGCCGCACCUUGUCCCUUUUCUUAAGAAGAGUGUGGUUGCCUUAAGACAGCUUCUUCCAAAUUCCCAGAGCUUCAUUGAGAACUGUGUUCAGGAAGGUUCUGGUGAUGUGGUCAUUUCCUCCUGUACCAAGACAACAGUGACUUCUCCUGUGGUGACAAGUACAGUUUCCCCAGUCCUUGUCUCUGGAGCAACAGCACCCAGAACUCUGUCUGUUCAACAGACUCGGAAUCCACUUGCUGGUCCAGGAGGAGCAAACACUGGAGUUGUGACACUGCGUUCUGUGGCUCCAGCUCCUGCAACAGGAGGUACAACAGCUGCAACUGUUUUGCUUCAGACUUCAAAACCACUUACAGCCUCAGUACCAAAUACAGUGACAGCAGUGUCCCUUCAGCCUGAGAAUCCAGUUGCGUCUGGGGCAGCAAUAACACUGGCCGUUCCAUCAGCAACUUUUGGAGAAGUGUCUGCUACACCUCUUUGUAUUCCAUCUGUGAAGCCUGCGAUUACCUCUGCUGGGACCAAAGCCAAUAAAGCCGCCAUUGGCACUCCAGUCCAGAUCAUUGCACAGCCUAGCCCCCUCCUUCCACAGGCAGCUGGCCUUCCACAGGCAUCCAAAGGCAAGCAACUAAUUGUCCAGCAGCCUUCAGGAGCCAGUGCGAAUCAGGUGACCUCGCAUCCCUCACCACUGAGCACUCAGAACUGUGGGCAGAAGACACCAGUGAGUGCUGUGAUGCCUACCACUUCCAUCAUAAAGCAAAUUACUCUGCCUGCAAAUAAACUUUUGUCGCUUCAAGCUCAAACAUCUUCUAUUCAGAAUAAUAAAAUAAAAGAGAAUGGACCAACAUGCUUCAGAGGUGAAGAUGACAUCAAUGAUGUGACUUGCAUGGCAGAGGUCAACCUUGAUGAAGAAAACGCCUGCAUCUUAGCAACACAUUCUGACUUUGUUGGCACACUCAUUCAGUCAUGUAAAGAAGAACCAUUCCUCGUCAUUGGAGCUCUACAAAAGAGAAUUUUAGACAUUGGUAAAAAGCAUGACAUUACGGACCUUAACUCUGAUGCUGUGAACUUGAUCUCCCAUGCAACACAGGAGAGAUUACGAGGCCUUCUAGAGAAACUAACUACAAUUGCUCAGCACCGAAUGACUGUUUACAAGGGAAGUGAAAAUUACAUCUUGUCUACUGAUACCAGAUCACAGCUCAAAUUUCUUGAAAAGCUUGAUCAAUUGGAGAAACAGAGGAAGGAUUUAGAAGAAAGAGAGAUGUUACUAAAGGCAGCCAAGAGCCGCUCCAAUAAAGAAGAUCCAGAGCAGCUGAGAUUAAAACAGAAAGCCAAAGAGUUGCAGCAGUUGGAGCUCGCCCAGAUCCAGUACAGAGCUGCUAAUCUCACAGCUCUUGCAGCUAUUGGACCACGGAAGAAGAGACCACUAGAGUCAGGAAAUGAGAGCUUCAAAGAUAACCCUUCUACUUCUGGGACUUCCAGCCUAACAGCCACCAAACCAUUGCUUCGUCCAAGAAUCACAAGAAUCUGCCUCAGGGACUUAAUAUUCUGUAUGGAACAGGAAAGAGAGAUGAAGUAUUCUCGAGCCCUAUACCUUGCCCUUCUUAAGUGAUUGCUCCAUCCAUCCAGACGCAUACUGUUUACUGCCAAAGAAGACACUGAGAGCACUGUUGCACUGUUCUGAAAUCUACUCUGCAAGUGUCACCAGUAUGAAGACCACUGUUUACACUGGCAAGGCUUUACUGCAUCUUGUCUGUAUAUCCUGUGGAUUCUUGCAGAUGAGAAUGCAGAUGCUUUCUAAAAGUCAGUACUAUGUGUACUUUAUAUAGAAGUAUCAAUCACCUACUGACCUGUAUUUAAUUGCAAUAGCUAGGGACUCUCUUUACCUCCUUCAUUUGUUUUGUUGUUUCCACUCAGUAGCAACGAGGUGCCUUCCUCUGAUACAGUCUGCAUCUAGAUAGAGGAUAAAGAAAAAAUCAGCAUGUAUCCUGUACUGAACCUGUCUCCCAGUGUAUGAUUUUGUGGUCUGCAGUUAGAGGUUACUUAGCUGACGGUGACAGUUACUUUCUGUAGCUGUCACAAGUGUGACAAGCUACAGAGUAAAGGUAGAGUCAACUUGGGUUAGUUGUGUCAGAAUUAUACAGCUGAUAUGAGGUUGCUGACUCUCUGACUUCCCACACUGCAGCGUUUCUGAUACCCAGUGAGGGCCAUCCUUUUCAGCCAAGUUUUAAAACUAAAAUCGCUACUAAUAUACCUCACUGAAACAUGGAAAAGGUAGAACAUACUGGGAAAAAAAAAUGAGGCCUGCCGGGCAGUGGUGGAGCAUGCCUUUAAUUCCAGCACUUGGGAGGCAGAGGCAGGUGGAUUUCUGAGUUCAAGGCCAGCCUGGUCUUCAGAAUGAGUUCCAGGACAGCCAGGGCUAUAACAAAGAAAGCCUGUCUCAAGAAACAAAACAAAACAAAACAAAAAAACAAAAAAUGAGGCAUUGCAUUCAAAUUGACAAAGGAUGAGAAUGGCAUCCUGAAACAGAUGUGUGCAAAGAGACAUGGCUGCUCUGGGAAUGCCAAAUCUGGUCCUUGUUUUAGUAGUGGGGGAAAAAAAAUCAUAGAUCAACCAAAGAAGAAAGCCUAGCAAAUAUUUAGUUACAGUAUUUCAAAAAAAGGAUGAUUUGUUUUUGUAUUAUUUUAAUCCCCAAAAAGGAGUUCUUUCUCUUAUAAAGAAUCUCCCAGUAACCAUAUGUUUUAAGCAUCUAGUGCUUUUCAAAUUUCUAACUGCUGGUAAGAACAUUUAAACAGUAGGACUCCCUUUGAAUUGUUUAUUUAAGAAGUACUGUCAGUGUCUCGCUCUUAGGGGGUGGGUGGCUCUAAAUAUGAACACCAUAUUAUGUACCUCUUUCUGAGGAGGAAGCUAAUGUUUAAAGUACCUCCUCUCUCCCUUUUAAAUCUACCCGGGUAUAUUAUAGCUGACAAAAAUAAUGGUGAAAUUGAAAUCACAUACCGAAAGAAUGCCAAGCUCUCCUGGGGAAACAUUUCCAGUAUGUCACUCUCUGUCCUGUUCUUCCCAUAGGGACUAUUAUGGCCACAUUCUAUACUGUUGUAAGAGUUUAAUUGGCCACAAUUUUUGUUUUAACAAGUUGUGUAAAAAUGCCAUAGAUUAUGUAUAUGCUUUAAAAAGUACCUUACCAAGAAAUCUAUACCCAAACUUGUAUAUGUAAAUGCCUAGCUUUAUUUUUUGUAAAGUGCAGCAUACUCCCACAUUUGUAUAAUCUUAUUAAUCAGAUGUUUAAAAUUAUUUCAAAUACACCAUUAAAAAUAAUUAUUUUAUGAUUAAAAACAAUCAAAAUUUUGCUCAGUCGUUAACUUUGCAGCAGUUUCUAUUAGCAGCCAGUCCCUGGAGGACGCAGAUCUGCCUGGCAGUGAGUAUCUUAUUUAUUUGUAUUUGGGUUCUGUGGACAUUUGGGUGCUGGAAUUGCACUUUUUAGAUCUAAGUAUCUAUAUCACUUCCUUCGAAAUAGUUGUAAUUUUGCCCACUAUUUGACUCAAAAAGAAAGCUAAAGAUAGUCAUUAUGAAAAAUUUUCUUGGUCCAUUGAGUUUUUCUUACCAAGAUAUUCUUUUUCAAAAUUUUUAAUAUAAAACCUUUUGUGAUAUACAUAUGUAUGGUAUAUGUAUGGGUGUCUUCCUCUCUCACCUCUCCAUCUUGUUUGAAAACAAAGUACUGAGUCCAGAGCUUACUUAUUGGCUAGACUGGCUGGCCAGCAAGCCCUGUGGGCCUUCCUGUCUUCACCUUGGAGCUCUAGGAUUUCAGGAGUGCACCACCAUGGCUAACAUUUUACGUGCGUACUGGAGAUCCAAACUUGGGACCUUAUGCUCACCAAAGCAGGCACUUCACCCACAGAGCCAGUUCCAAAGUUCCUUAAUGUGCAUUUCGAAACUUGUGUUGUACAGGUUUCAAAACCAGUCUUAUACAGAGAAAAACAAAUGUGUGUAUCCACGAUAUACACAGUUAGCAAAAUAGAGACUUUCAGGUAGAUUUGUUCGCCAGAUGCAUUGUGUUUAGUACACAGUGUUAACAAGUCUUUUUUGUUGUUGGUGGUGGUAUUUUGUUUUGUUGUGUGAGUGCUACGGAUCCGACUCAGGCUCUCACGUUGUUACAGCAGAUACUCCUACUCACUGUCACCUCCCUAACGCCAGUAGUCUUUUCAGAGAAGCAUUGCAAUGUUUUCUUACUUUACUAUACGUAUAUUUACUAUACAUGUGCAUGAUUUGUGGGCAUGCACAUGUAGAGGUCAGGGGACAACUUCCAGGAAGGAGUUGUCUUUUAUUAUGUGGGACUGGAGAUCAGAUCAGACCAGAUCGUCAGGCUUGGCAGCAAGUGUCCUUAACCUGCUGAGCCAUUUCACUGGCCCAACAAACAUUUUUAAAGUGUAUAAAAUUCUUCAAAAUUAUAUGUGACAUAAGUUGUGUUUCAUUAUAAUUUUGUCAAGAGAAAUGUACUUAGAAUUAAGACUUAGUCUUAGUGAUGUCAUGGUUCCAGCAGCAAGCACAGCAAUGUCGUGGCAUCAUUUUUAGGAAAGUAACAGGACCAAGGCACAUGCUGACUUGAACUUGUCACUUCGUAUGUUGUAGAAUGAAUCAGUUAAGUGUGUGCACAGAUUUGUCCUCAAAGUUCCAGUUACAUUCUACAGGGGUAAGCAUACUGUGUCACAUGUCUUGAGUAUAACCUAGUUUUUACUUUGUACCAUUUUUCUUGUGAUACUCUAUCUCAGUUGUCAACAUAGUGAGCUCUAGAAUCACAUAGGAGACAGAUUUCUGGGAAUGCCUCUUUGAAGAUUAGUCACUAUCUUCAGCAUAUACACAGCAUCUUUCGUUGUGUCAGGCUGGUUCUACUCUUCAGCAAGUCCUUGGUGGUCACUUAGUGGUACUGGCAUCUCCAAAAUGCUGAAGUCUCUGCAACUGGCCUGUAUCUUUGCCACUGGCCCCUCCUGGGCUCUCUUCAAGGACUCUGCCCCUGAUACAUGGUGCCAAGCCUCAACAUCUCUCCAUGAGCCCUUCUAUCCUGGAUCUACCACAACUAAGUCUAUACCUUCACCAAUGGCCUCUCCUCAGGGACUGCAGCACUACCACACAGUAACAAGACUCAGAUGCUCUCUGUGAACCCUGCACACCUUCAAAACAGUACUACCUGGGUGACUCUUACACUAACAACUUUAGUUAUCAGCACAUGAUACAUCCCUGGAUAUAGGUUCUGUGUGCUGACCUCAAGGAAACACUUCCCAGAAGAUUUCACCUCAGUGAUGCCAGUCUCUUCUUAAUCACCACUAAUUUCUCAGCUGCAGUUGACCAUCAUCAAUUGUUACAACAAAACAAAGGUUUUACUUUAGCAGCUCUGGUCUCCUGUUAAUCACCGCCAAUUCUGCUGGCUAGUUCUAUGUGAACAGAAGCUAGAAUCCUUUUAGAAGAGGGAACCCCAAUUCAGAAAAUGCCUCUACUAGGUUCACCUGUGAGUAAGCCUGUGGUAUACUUUAUAUUCAUUGAUGAUUGAUGUGGAACAGUUUGGUUCUCUGUGGGUGGUGCCACCACUGGACUGGUAGCCCUGAGUACUGUAAGAAAGCAUGCUGAAUGAGUCAGGAAACAACACUCCUCCAUCAUGGCCUCUGCUUCAGCUCCUGCCUCUAGGUUUCUGUCUUGUUUCUGCCUUUACUUCCCUCAGUGAUGGACUGUAAUGUGGAACUGUAAACUGAAAUAAACCCUUUCCUCCUUAA